UCACUUACUUAAUUAGCAAUCCUUGCAGUGCGUAUUACAAUCCGCCGAAGACUUCGCAGAAAGCAAGACAUGGACAACAUACAGAAUAAGACUGUAAUGAUCACCGGAGGAGCUGCCGGACUGGGCUACAAAUACGCCGAAAUAUUGCUUCGCAAUGGUGCGAAAAGUGUUGCGAUAAUCGAUCUGCCAACAUCAAACGGUGAAAAUGCAGCGACCACGUUGAAGAACGAGUUUGGCAAGGAUCGCGCUAUCUUCGUCGCGUGCGACGUGACAAAGACCGAAGAUCUGAAAGAGACGUUCAAGAAAGUCAUCGCCGCGUUCGAGACUCUCGACAUUCUUAUCAACAACGCUGGCAUAUUCGACGAUAAAGACAAAUGGGAACAGACGAUCAACAUCAAUGUCACGGCGCUGAUUCGCAGCUCGUAUCUGGCUCUGGACCAUAUGGGAAAGUACAAAGGUGGAAAAGGAGGCCUGAUCGUGAAUAUCUCGUCUAUCCUUGGAUUAGCCGUACAUCCCCCGGCGCCGGUGUACACGGCUACGAAACACGCCGUUCUCGGAUUCAGCCAGUCCCUGGCGGGUCUGUACGAGAAGACCGGAGUGCGAGUUCUCAUCAUGUGUCCAGGUGUUACGAAAACGGCGUUACUCGACGACUUAUUUCAUAAGGCUGUCCAUUUCGCCGACGCUAAAUAUGCUAGUAAGUUUCCCGGUUUCGAUCAGUUUCAAUCAGCUGAUAAUGUGGCUCUCACGAUGGUAGAUCUUAUACAAAAAGGAAAAAACGGAGAAGCUUGGGUCAGCGAGCACGAUAAACCGCCCUACGCCGUGAACUUUCCCCAUUAUUCGACUCGAGCUUUACCUGUGUAAAGUUUACAUUUAAUAACUUUAAAUAUAUUCCAUAACUCGUCUUAUUUUGUUCAAUUGAAUGGUUUAUUAAUAAAUAUAAACGUUGUAUCAAUUAUAUAUAUAUAUGUAAAAUUAUAUUACAUAUGUAAAAUUAUAUGAAAUAUAAAUGAUAUAUGCAUAUAAUGUUAAAACGCAACACCUUCAUUUCCAAAUCCAAAGAUCUAUUUGAAAAUCGUACGCGUAAUUUUACAUAAUAUUAUUGGUAAAAGUCAUAUAAAGUACUAAGAAGACUUUAUCUAUUCAAAAUGUAUUGUGUCUGACUAACAAUAAGUACUAGGCACUGCAUAAUUUUACGAGCUACGCGCAAUAGUACAUUCUUCUAUCAACUUUUGUAAUAUAAGGAGAGAUUAAGAACAUGAAAUAUUAAAAAUAAAAUUUAUUAUAUCUCUGUUAUUGUAAAAUCAAAUUAAAAAAAUUUUUAUAUUUU